UAAGCCCCAGUCUGCCUCUUCACCAGAGCCCUGAUGGUGGGGAUGGACUUGGCGCAGGACUGAGACCAGGUCGCGGCCCCUGAGUACACCUGCUAGUGGUAGAGGGAUCCGCCAGAGGGAUCCGCCAGAGGUAUGUGCAGGUACGGCUGGAUCCGUGCAGGAUGGAUGGAUGGCAGAGUAGUUAGCGUGGUCAGACAAGCCGGGGUCGGUAACAGUGGAGGCAGAUCAGUACAGAGCAGCAGGCAAAGAGUAAACGGGUCACAAGCCAAGGUACAGCAACAGGAGGUCAAA